AGCAGCAGCCCGAGGGCGGCGCGGUGGGCUGGUCUGGGGCUCCAGCUCGCCGCUGCGUCGUGGUCGCGCAGCUCAGCGGCCUGAGUGCUGGGCUAUUGCUCUUUCCCGACCGGGUUCCGAGGACGGCGCCUCCCCGAGCGCAGGGCCCUGCACCCUGACUUGGGUUCCACGACGCCAGAGAUAACGCCCACCCAGCCCCGGCUCCUCACCGCAUUUUCCCUUCCCGGCCUAUUUAGGCCCUUCUUCCCCAAGGUUGUGGCGUCAGGGCUCCCGCGAGUUUCGGAUGAGCCUAUAACAAUAUUUAGAAAUGGGACUCUGGAACCUGGGAGUACCGAAGAGACACCCUUAGGGCUCCCCGUCGCCGGCUUCUACAUUCUUCUCAAGUUGAGGAUCCCUUUCCUGUCCCCUUAAACUCACUACCGCCUGAGGUGUCAUGACCCCCAGGCCAGGGGGCGAGUGGAGCUCCGCCCUGUCCCACCUGGCGCUGGGAGCAGUGUCUCUACACGCAGCCCUGAGCACUGCCCAGGCAAAUCGAGGGGCCGCUGCUGGUUUCUUGCUCCAGGCCCUGGCCGCCGCCAUCAUGCUGGCUUCAGGGCUGGGCACGGAUGAAGACUGUCUUGCUGGAGCCUGGGUGGCCACUGUCAUUGGCCUGCCCCUUUUGGCAUUCGAUUUCCACUGGGUGAAUGGGGACUGCUCCUCUGCCAACCUGCUUCUGGGAGGAGGCAUGGUGCUGGCAGUGGCUGGUGACCACCUUGGUGCUGAGGGCCGCUCUGUGGCUGGUCAGGCAGUGGUGCUGGUGGUCGCAGUGACCAUCCUCAUUGUGGCCGUUUUCACAACCAACUCUUAUGGAAUGUGGGGGGGUGUGAUGCUGGGUGCUGCAGGUCUUCUGAGCCGGCUGGAGGAGGACAGACUGCUGCUGCUGCUGCCGAAGGAGGACAUCUGUCGCUGGGCCUUGGCAGGGGGCAGCUGGGCCUACCACCGGGCCUUGCACACACAGCGCCUACAGUGGGAGUGAUGGCUGGAGACUACAAGGCAAAGCUUCUGCCCAGCUACCACCUUCCCGCUAGUGAUAGACUCUCCUUCCUAAAGCCAGCUUUCUGCAGAUUGACUAUCUCCCUUUCUGGCUCAAUGUGAAGGCUUGCCCAAAACCAAAAUGAGGGGGACCGGGUCCCAGGCACGUUCUCAGACUUGAUUUUGGGCAGGCCAUGGUUGUGGAUCCAGAGAGAGGUCUCCAAUAA